UCUGUACCAUAAAAAUCUGUCGCCCACACAAGCAACUAACUGUCCGUGAGAAGCGAAAAUGGCUGCCGCUGCUACUGCAUCUGCAUCUGGCGCUGCGAUCAGGGCAACCCCAUUCUUGGGCCGGACCAAGAAUGGCAUUGGCAACCCUCUGAGGGAUGGUGUCUCCAUGGGAAACGCAAAGUACACCAUGGGUAAUGAAUUGUGGUAUGGCCCGGACCGGUUGAAGUACCUGGGACCCUUCUCGGCUCAGACGCCGUCGUACCUCACCGGAGAGUUCCCCGGAGACUAUGGCUGGGACACUGCCGGCCUCUCCGCUGAUCCCGAGGCCUUUGCCAGAAACAGGGCUCUUGAGGUGAUCCAUGGGAGAUGGGCCAUGCUGGGAGCUCUGGGUUGCAUAACCCCAGAAGUUCUACAGAAAUGGCUGAGAGUGAGCUUCAAGGAGCCUGUCUGGUUCAAGGCUGGUUCCCAAAUCUUCAGUGAGGGAGGGCUGGAUUACUUGGGGAACCCAAGUUUGGUCCAUGCUCAGAGCAUUCUGGCAGUUCUGGGAUUCCAGGUGGUGCUCAUGGGCCUUGUUGAAGGCUUUAGAAUCAAUGGUCUUGAUGGGGUGGGAGAGGGCAAUGACCUCUACCCUGGUGGCCAGUACUUUGAUCCCCUUGGACUGGCUGAUGACCCUGUCACCUUCGCCGAGCUCAAGGUCAAGGAAAUCAAGAACGGAAGGCUCGCCAUGUUCUCCAUGUUCGGAUUCUUUGUUCAGGCUAUUGUCACCGGUAAAGGGCCGUUGGAGAACCUUUUGGAUCAUCUCGAAAAUCCGGUUGCUAACAAUGCCUGGGUGUAUGCCACCAAGUUUGUCCCUGGAUCAUAAGCUGUGAUCCCAAACCUGCUCUUUGUGCGUGUGUCUAUGGUGUGGAUCAUCAUCUAUAUGUGCUGAGGAUCUAUUUGUAGUCUUUGAAUAAUAGAUGAUAUGUCCUGAGAUUACCAGGUUGAAAGUGGAAAUGCAUAUAUUUUGAAAGAACA